AUGACGAAUCAGAUUCGUAGGAGUCCUAGGAGGGGUCGGCUGAGUGAGUUUCCAGACGAGUUGCAGUUGAAAAUACUGUCUUUUCUUCCUAGUAAAGAUGGUGUAGCCACGAGUGCCAUUUCAAAACGGUGGAAGUCUCUUUGGAAGGAGGUAAAGAAAUUCAGAUAUGAUGCUACUCCUUCAUAUCCUCACACUUUUCAAAUGUUUGCUCUAUUCAUUAGAAGCAGAUCAAAUGUAGAGAGCUUACAGCUCAAGCUGAACCCAAAUAACUCGAGACAAGACAUCAAAGAUUUGGUUAAUUAUGUAGUUGCUCGCUCUUUGAGAGAGCUGAGAAUAGAGAUGCUUUACAAAUCCUUUGAGUUUCCCCAAAGCUUGUAUCUCUACCCACAACUUGAAACCCUCAUACUUGAGAAACUUAGUCUUGUGGAUAUUCCAUCUAACGUUUCUUUGAUUGGUGUCAAGAAACUUCACCUUUUAUCGGUUAGAUUCUCAAGCGACGAAUCUGUGACAAAGCUUCUAAGCAUAUGCCCACUUCUUGAAGACUUGGUGGUGAGAAGAAGCACAUAUACCAAUGUGAUGGUGUUUAGUAUUGAUGUGCCAACGCUGAAGUGUUUAUCUAUCGAUAAUACGUCUGGGAAAUCUCAUAUCUAUACGUCUGGGAAAUCUCGGCCUGAAGGUGUUCAUGGGUUUGUGAUUAAUGCACCUUCUUUAAGGUGCUUUAGCAUUAAGGACACCUUCAGCAACUAUGUACGGUUUGGAUAUAUGCCCGAGCUGGUCAAGGCGAGUGUCAACAUUGUUUGUGACCAACCUAUACCGACCGAGAGAGAGAAGGUGCAAAGUACAUCCUCGAAAAUGUGA